GAUUACCUGACAGGAGCUCAUAUUUGUAGGAGAGGAACAGCAAGAGCACAUUUAAUCUUUCAUGCUCCCGGUCCGACAGCUGCACUUUCGCUCGCUCAGCUUUCUCCAAGGAUGAGCAACGCAGAGCUGAUUCUUACCCACCCCAAAUUUCCAGACAGGAAUAUGCAAAAGCUGUAGGAGCUGUUUAUCUCUGCCUGAAGCACUGAUUUUGUGUGGGUCCUGGCUGGAGCACACCCCGGGAAAGCCGUGUGUGUCACGGUUAAUUCCAGGGAAGAGCCACGCAAUGCUCAGUGGAUAAAAGGCUCGUAGUCCCAGCUGGGAAAACAGUUCCAUUAUCUCCCAGCUGCACAGACCUUCCAUACGGCUCCGUUCUGCCUGGAUGAACGCUGUGCCUUGCUGAGAGCCUGGAACAGUCCUGCAGAAAAUUGUAAAGAUCCUGAGACAUUUCCCUGCUCAGCUGUAAUAUCAAGGUAGUCACAGGAAGACACACUUUACUUUCUUCCACUGAUUGGAUGGGAGGAAUUUUUGACCUUGGAAAGUGGAGAUGGUGUUGCUAUGGAAACUAAUAAGUCUGCUGCCAUUCAUGAGCUGCAGCACAGGGGAAGAAACCCUUCAUGGUCCUAUUUUUAUCCAAGAGCCACAUGAUAUCACUUAUUCCAUGGGCUCAGCAAAUCCAGAGAUCCUGCUGAACUGCACAGCUGAAGGAUAUCCACCCCCACACUACAGGUGGAAGCAAAAUGGCACAGAUAUUGAUCUUACCAUGAGUUAUCACUACAGGUUGGUUGGAGGCAGCUUGGCAAUCAAUAACCCACAUAAAAAUCAGGAUAUUGGAACAUACCAGUGUUUGGCCACAAAUUCAUUUGGAACAAUUCUGAGCAGGAAGGCAAAGCUUCAAUUUGCAUAUCUGGAAAACUUUGAAACCAGGACAAGGAGCACAGUGUCAGUGAGAGAAGGACAAGGAGUGGUCCUGCUCUGUGGGCCUCCCCCACACCAUGGAGGCUUGUCCUACACGUGGAUGUUCAACAACGACACCCUGGACCUUCGGGAGGACGGCGGCCGCCGCUUCGUCUCCCAAGAAACGGGGAAUCUGUACCUGGCCAAGGUGGAGCCCUGGGAUGUGGGGAAUUACACCUGUGUGGUGACCAACAGGGAGGCACAGCAGAGUGCCAGGGGACCUCCCACCCCCCUCACCCUCCGCAGCGACGGUGUGAUGGGGGAGUACGAGCCAAAGAUUGAAGUUCGUUUUCCAGAAACAACGCACGCGGCGAAGGGCUCGUCCGUCAGGCUGGAAUGCUUUGCCCUGGGAAACCCUGUCCCAAGUAUCAGCUGGAGGAGGUCCGAUGGAAAUUCCUUGACAAAGAAAAUUCAACCCGACAAAACCAAAGGAGUUCUUGAAAUCCCCGACGUUCAGCAGGAAGAUGAAGGUUCUUAUGAGUGUGUUGCAGGAAACAGCCGAGGAAUAAACAUUGCAAGAGGUCAAUUAUUUGUCUAUGCGCCCCCUGAAUGGGAUAAAAAAAUCCAAAAUGCCUUUCUGUCUCUCUAUGACAGUUUAUAUUGGGAAUGUAAGGUAAAAGGAAAACCAAACCCUUCCUACAGUUGGUUAAAAAAUGGCCAGCCCCUGGUGUCAGAGGAGAGAAUCCAAAUAGAAAAUGGGACUCUUAUCAUCCCUGUGCUGAAUAUGUCAGACUCUGGCCUCUAUCAGUGCGUGGCAGAAAACAAGCACGAUACGAUUUAUGCCAGCGCUGAGCUGAGGGUGAUGGCUGCAGCCCCCAAUUUUUCCAAAAAUCCCGUGAAAAAAAUGUCUGUCGUUCAAGUUGGAGGUGAAGUUACAAUCGGUUGUAAACCCAGCGCUUCUCCCAGAGCUGUGAUCACCUGGAGAAAGGGCUCAGAGGUUCUGCAUCAGAACAAAAGGGUGGUGUUCCUGGAGGAUGGCAGCCUCAGGCUCUCCAACAUCACCAGGGCAGACGCUGGAGUGUUCACCUGUGUAGCAACAAACCAGUUUGGAGCUGCCAGGAAUUCAGGGAACCUCGUCGUGAAAGAAAGGACUGUGAUCACUAUUCCACCCUCUGACACGGAUGCAACAGUUGGAGAAAGCAUCGUCCUGCCCUGCCAGGUGUCCCACGACCCCUCCCUUGCCGUGGUGUUCACGUGGUCAUUCAAUGGCCAGAGAAUUGAGCUGAGCAGAGGAAUAAAUCACUUUGAAAGGAUUGGAAGGGAAUCUGCUGGGGAUUUGAUGAUAAGAAAUAUUCAGCUCCAUCAUUCUGGGAAAUAUGUGUGCAUGGUGCAAACAACUCUAGACAGUCAAUCUGCAGCAGCAGAUAUCAUUGUGAGAGGCCCCCCAGGUCCACCAGAAGAUGUUAAAGUUGAACAUGUUUCUAGCACUACUGCUGUGUUAUCCUGGAAGCCUGGAGUAGAGAAUAACAGUCCAGUCCAGAUCUACAGUGUCCAGACCAGGACUCCGUUCUCGGUGGGAUGGCAGGCGGUUUCCACAGCUCCUGAAGUCAUUAAUGGCAGGACUCACAAGGCCACGGUGGUUGAUUUGAGCCCUUGGGUUGAGUACGAGUUCCGUGUGGUCGCCAGCAACAGCGUGGGGAUUGGGGAGCCAAGCAGACCAUCAGCUCUGCUGAAAACCAAAGCAGCAGUUCCUGUGGUGGCACCAACAAACAUCAGUGGAGGAGGAGGGAGCCGCUCCGAGCUGGUCAUCACAUGGGAGCCGGUUUCGGAGGAACUCCAGAACGGGGAAGGUUUCGGCUACAUCAUCAUGUUCCGGCCUCUGGGCUCUGCCACCUGGACAAAAGCAGCCGUGGCCUUGGUGGAAUCCAGCAAAUAUGUUUAUAGGAACGAGAGCAUCACACCUCUGUCUCCUUUUGAAGUGAAAGUCGGUGUCUACAACAACGAGGGAGAAGGGACCCUGAGCUCCGUAUCCAUCAUCUACUCAGGAGAAGAUGAGCCCCAGAUUGCUCCCGUGGCGGUGUCGGCGCUGAGCGUGUCGGCGGCGGAGGUGGAGGUGUCCUGGCAGCCCCUGGCGUGGAACCGGCACACGGGCAGGGUGCUGGGUUACGAGGUUUUAUAUUGGACAGACGAACCCAAGGAAAGCACAGCCGGGAAAGUCAGAGUCAGUGGGAAUGUAACAGCCAAAAACAUCACGGGAUUGAGAGCUAACACAUUGUACUUUACAACAGUCAGAGCUUACAACACUGCAGGGACAGGGCCCUCCAGCCCCCCAGUGAAUGUCACCACCAAAAAAUCACCACCGAGUCAACCCCCAGCAAACAUUGCCUGGAAGCUGACAAAUUCCAAAAUCUGCUUGAACUGGGAACACGUGAAGACAAUGGAGAACGAGUCAGAGGUGUUGGGCUACAAAAUUUUGUACAGACAAAACAGACACAGCAAAGCACAUAUCCUGGAGACAAACAACACUUCAGCUGAACUUCUGGUCCCGUUUGAAGAAGAUUAUCUCAUCGAAAUCAGAACAGUCAGUGAUGGUGGGGAUGGCAGCAGCAGCGAGGAAAUCAGGAUUCCAAAAAUAUCAAGUUUAAGCUCUGGAGCAACAAAAGCAUCCCAAAGGCUAAACCAUAUAUUGGCAUCUGGGAUCCUGCUGUUGAGUUCUGUUCUUGUAACCCCUUUUCCUUGAUGAUUAAAGCAAAGCUCAGCCACGGACUUUUAACAAUAAAACCUGUAGAUUUUGUCUUAAUGCUUCACCAUGACCAACAUUCCUGGUAAAGAACCAGCUGGGGCUGGGGGAGGGAGGUACAAGUGGUCUGUCGUGAAGGAAAUAUUAUCAAUAUGACAUGAAUUUUUAAAAAUAAGCUUUGAAAUUACAGGAUAAAUGUACAUUCAUUAGUUAAGUGGAGCAGUGCCAAAUGUAAUUUGGGAUUACAAGGAGGGUGGUCUCAAAUUUUUUACAAGUAGUUCUUAUUGAAACCCCAUUUAAUGGUGUGUCAAACAUGAAAGGCUGGGCUAAGCUGCUGGAACUGAGGGAAGAAGAGAGUUGCAGUUUCUUGUGAUGUGGAUAUUAUUUAUCUCCUGUUCUUCAAUGUAACCUGUUAAAAAAACCUCCAAUUUUCAAUUAAAUAAAAGCUAUUUGUUUACUUUUUACACUCGUCUGCAUUAGAGAGGGUGUUGUAAAAUGUAUUAUUUGGACUAUUUUCUACAGAAAAGGGAAACUUGAAUAAAAAGAAUCAAAUGUACCAACCCAAAGCCCAUUGAAUUCCAGAGAAAGUCUUUCUGUGGCAUCAGCAAACCUUGAACCAGACCUGAAUGAAACCUCCUUUUAUAACACUCUAAUAUUUUUUAAAAGAAUCUCUUUAAUGGGGAUGGUGAUGUCCAAGCACAUGAAUGAGUAAAAGAAGAGAGGUUCAUCUGUACAUGAUAAUUAUUCAAACAGCAUAAUAAAUAUAUUUCUUAUCCAUGGGUGUGGGAGGCCAAAUUGACAGGGAGAG